ACCGGAACCAAAACAAAGAAGAAAAGAAGAAUUGUAGAUCACGAACUCACUCACGUCCGACGGCGUGGGGACGAGGAGGCUCCAGCGACCCCGGCUGAGAGUCCCGAGGGGGACCCCAGCCCGCCCGAGGGGGACCCCAGCCUGCCCGAGGGGGACCCCAGCCCACACCAUGACCCCAGCCCACACCAUGAAGCUGGCCAUGGCCACGUCUUGCUCUGUGGCGCCCAGCUCCCGGGGGCCAGAGGCGAGGAGAACUGUGGGAACCCUGAACACUGCGCGGCCACAGACUGGGUUCACCUCUGGUACAUUUGGUUGCUGGUGGUGACGGGCGCGCUGCUGCUCCUGUGCGGCCUGACCUCCGCGUGCCUGCGGUGCCGCCUGAGCCGCCAGCGGGGCCUGGAGGACGGCGGCCCCCCGCCCUGCCAGGUGACCGUCAUCGCCUUCGACCAGGACAGCACGCUGCACAACACCAUCUCCUCCCUGCAGUCGGCGUUCGGCCCCGCGGCCCGGAGGAUCCUGGCCGUGGCCCACUCCCACGCCCCCCCGCUCGCACCAGCCGCCCCCCCCUGCGCGGACACGCUCCCGGGCUACGAGGAGGCCCUGCGCAUGACCCGGUUCACGGUGGCCAGGGGCGGGCCGAGGACCCCCGACCUGCCCCCGUGCCCGAAGAGAAGCAGCCGCCGGCCCCCCAGGAACACCCAGAUUCUCCUCAUGGAAACUGAGGUCCGCAUCGUUCCAUUGCCUCUUGAUUCCCCGUAA